AUUAAGAAUGCGACAUUGAAUCUUGUUAGGUACCGGCAAUCACCCCCAUACGUACAUAUGUAGCACUAGAGGUAGGUACGUAGUAACCAAGGCAUUUUCAUUUAAUUCAUUUAAUAGGGUUAUCUCGGUGCUGGAAUCAUUACAUGUAUCAUUUCAUAUCAAGGUUAGGUAUGAUACGUACUACAUAUCACCUAGUAUGUCUCUGUCUAGGCACUUUUCCGGAUCCCGAAGAGCUGCUGCCGUUGCAUCGGGCCUCGUAGUUCCACCAUCUUCUGCCUCUUCUACCUUUUUACCUCAUUCUCCCUCCUCCUCCACUUCUUCGUUUUCGUCGCCAACUUCAACGUCAACUUCACACCCACUCAUACAUUCUACCACAACACUCAAUUCACAACCAAAUCAAAAUCGUUCCUUUUUUCAACAGUUGACUCCUAAACAAAUUUGCAAUAUGUCGACUAUGCCCGCCCAACACGGCCAUUCGGAGGCUUGCUGCAACGUUCCGCCUGUGGUCUCGAAAGGCUAUACUACCAAGGGCAGCUAUGAAGAACUCGGCGGCUUCAACUCAUAUGUCACUGGGCCCCAGGAAUCGACCAAAGGCAUAAUCACCAUUUUCGAUAUCUUCGGUUUCUACCCGCAGACACUGCAGGGGGCCGAUAUUCUUGCCACCUCCGACCACGCCCAAAAGUACAAGGUUUUCAUUCCUGACUGGUUCAAUGGCAAACCAUCGCCCCUCGAGUGGUUCCCUCCCGACACGGAGGAGAAACAAAAGAAUUUAGCUGCGUUCUUCCAGAAGUAUCCGCCACCUAGCAUCGCUGCCAAGGUUCCAGACUACGUUAAAGCCGUCUCAGCUAAGUACCCCGAGAUUAAGACUUGGGCCAUCGUUGGAUUUUGUUGGGGAGGCAAGGUUGUCUCGCUUGUAACCUCCAAAUCGGACACCGUGUUCAAGGCCGGUAUCGAGUGCCACCCAGCUAUGGUUGACCCGUCCGAUGCCGAGAAUAUUAAGAUCCCCUUAGCUAUGUUGGCCUCCAAGGAUGAGCCACCUGAGGAUGUCAAGAAGUUUGAGCAGAAUCUAAAGGGUCCUAAGCACAUCGAGAUAUUUGGAGACCAGAUUCACGGAUGGAUGGCGGCUCGCUCCGAUCUUGAGAACGAGCGUGUCAAGGCCGAAUACAUCCGCGGCUAUGAGACAGUACUCAAAUUCUUAUCUCAGCACGUGUAAUGUGAUGUUUAGAUAGAUGGAUGAUCAUAUAUAUGGAAUUAUGAGCAUCGGAUAUCUUGACUACGAUCUCACGAACCAGGCUUUGCGAGGAAGUUCAUGGUUAUGUAAGUAACUUAUGAAUGAAUCAGAAGCAUAGGUAGAUACCUAGGUUAGGUAUGUAUACAGGUAGCUGUAGUUAGCCCCCAACUACUUAACGAUCACGAAAUUCGAGCAACGUUUCUACGAGCUUUAA